CAUCAGGGAGGCAGAGUAAAAGUAGGGACAGUCCGUUUAAAAGUGUAACUGAAAGUAUCUUAUCUUUUCAUCAAGAAAAGGAGGCUACCACGCUAUGGAGGUUGUCGAGAAAAGCAAAAUACAAUUCAAGUAGACAGGAAUAGUGGAGAUUCCCAUGCGUAAAGGUUGAAGGGACGGCAUCUUUGGAACAUUAACUUAAAAAAAAUCUAAGUCGUAACACCUACCGAAGGAAAUGGCUAUUUCUUGGAUUUACAAAGUUUGGAUCCUGCUACUACCCAUUUUUGAUAGCGCUGUGUCCAGUUAUUCCGAAGACCAAUGUAGCUGGCGAGGGAGUGGUCUGUCCCAGCAGCCAGGCAGUGUGGAGCAGAUAUCCCUCCACUGCUCGGAGGGUGCUCUGGACUGGCUCUACCCUAAGGGAGCGCUUCGCCUCACCCUGUCCCCCAGGUUGACUUCUGCGGCGGUGGGGCCGGGGGGCAGCAGCUCAGGCCUGAUCACGGCCUGCGUCAAGCCCUCAGAGCACUUCCACGGGGCCCAGCUCUACUUGGAGAGAGACGGGCUCCUGGAGCUCCUGGUAGGGGACCGUCUGGAGACGUCUCCCCCACCCCGGGUGCGCUGCUUCAGCCGCUUGCCCGGCGAGAAGGUAGCCCUCUUCCUCCAGGCCACGCCUCACCAGGACAUCAGCCGCCGCAUUGCAUCGUUCCGCUAUGAGCUGCGAGGUGAUUGGACGGCACGUCUGUCACUCGACUCGAACCCCAUCAUCAGUAAUGAAGGUGCCUGCAGACCCUGUAACAACACAGAGCUCCUUAUGGCCGUCUGCACCAGUGACUUUGUGGUGCGUGGUAACAUCAAGGCAGUGGACGAGGACAGUGAGCUACGGGCGGCUGUAAUCAAAGUCAGCGCUACCCGAGUGUUCCGCCAGAAAUACACCCUGUUUACCGGGACCGGCCGUUUGACCCGCACGGGCGAGAUCAGGACCCUGCUGCAGUGCGGUGUCCGGCCUGGGGUAGGCAGCUUCCUCUUCACCGGCCGCGUCCACUUCGGCGAGGCAUGGUUGGGCUGCGCCCCCCGCUACAAGGACUUCCUCCAGGCCUACGCUCAGGCCAAGUUGGCCCAGCAGCUACCCUGUGAAAUGGCUGUGGACUGACCCGAGCCACCCCAAAUCCCACCUGACUACUCCCCUGAAUGAGGCUGUCCUGUGAGGCAAGCCCUAACUCGAUCAGCCCCCCCCUUGCCUGUCAUUUGGUUUGCCAUACCUCAGAGUGAAAGGUGAGGAAGAUGGAAGCCUAUCCGAUGAUGCAGCUGUGGGUCGACCCUGCCAUGAAGGUCCCGUUGGAUGCAGUCUUCCCCCAAAGACUGAGGAGUUGGGCAUGGACAUUUGUAGCACCAUUCCCAGUGCAAUAUACAGUCCUGUUAAAAUAUGAAGGACACUGUGGACGAGAUGAGAUUAAAGCAUUUGGCACAGGACACAUUUUCCAAAAAUGCUUAUUCAGAAUUCUCACAAGAGCUUUCUGUAACAACAAGCAGACAUUUGUCAGGAAUGGAUUCAGAGCUAUUGAGUGUGAAUUUGUGUCUUUUAAACUCAGGGAAAUAUGUGGAAAAUUCUGUGGUGAAGUUACCAUCUAUUUGGAAGUCACGUAAUUGUUAUCCCAGUGUUCAAGUACAAGGCUGUUGUUUUUCUAUGGUGGUCUUCAAAAUGGCCACUCAUUUUCCUUCAAUGUUUUGUUUCGGAAAACUGGGGGAAAUCUAUCCUUUUGUGUCCAACAUUUUCUCACAAUUUUAUAGUUGAAAGAAACAAUGGGGGACUAUUCUCAGUGUUGCAAUUAUUUAUUGGAGAUUAGGGUGGGUCUUUCUUUAUUCAAGGAUUUAAAAAAAAAAAUCGUAAUUUGCACUAAUAAGGGAAAGGGAAUGAUCUGGAAAGUCUGAUGCUGCAAGCAAUGAAAACCAAAUGAAAACCUGACUAUAUGUAGCGUAGAAGAGGAGUGAUCAGAACGUAAUAAAUGUACAGAUAUUGCUAGCGCAUGAUAGCGCUACACUAGGGUUAGCACAUGUUAACGCUAGGCUAGCACAUAUUAAUGCUAGGCUUGGGCUAGCGCAUGUUAGCGCUAGGCUAAAGCUUGCACCGCAGGUUCAAAGCACGAUAAACUCUGCAAACUAGUGAUGAACGUGCUUUUACGACAAUAGCCAACUCUGAGAUUAUUAUUUUUUCGAAGUACACACAAGGCAAUUCUGCCUUUUUGAACCCUGUUUAAAUAUUUUCUGCAGAUUUAUAAUACAGUUUACUUCAAGACUUCAUUGUGAUAUCUCAGUUUGGUUGAAAACUUUUGUUACCUUUUAAUAUGCUGUCUGAGAAACAUUGAUUUUAAUAUUUGAAAACCCCUUAUUUCGAGUUUACCAUAAUUACGUUACAACAGUGUUGCCCGUUACAGCCAUUUCGUAGCUAUUCAUACCUAUUUUGUAACUGUAAGCCUAAGAGAAAAGCUGUCUGCAAAAAACAAGCUGCAAAAUACUACCAAAACAUAUAAUGAGAUGCUAUAAGGUUUACUGGUCCAGAUUUAUGUCAUUGUUCAAAGUUAAAUAAUUGUGUUUAUUGAGUACCACAGUAUGAGUCAUAAAACCCGGAAAAUGAGUCAUAAAACCUGGAAAUGAUUCCAAUCGUUUUUUCACCAUAAAUGUUUCCAUCUGAGAUUUUACAGACCCAUAUAGGGUCUGUAUUUCGUAUAGGCUUUUUUGAUAACAUUUUGAUAACCGCGCAAAUGUAACUUUUAUUAAUCAUUUGCAUAGCACAUUCUUGAAAGUAAAUUGAGGCAAAUACAUUGAUAAAACUCACCUCGUCCGGGAGGGAAUUACACAGCUAUCAAAACGUUACUGUCAAAUUCACAAUGUGAAAAAUUAAUGGCGGAAAUUCCAUUGGAACCAUAACCAUUGUGGCGGACUAUGGGAGUUUGGCGGGAAAUGUUUCAAGUUUGUGGGACUGCAACUGCUGACAACAGCAAUAUUCCCCUCAAUGAAUGUCCAUUGGGAUAUGUCUCAAAGUUGGCAGAAGCAGUUGCAUCCAGUAGCUACCUAACUUUCACAAGCAUAUGUCCGAAAUGUUGAUAGCCAUGUUGAGCCGUGAAAAACAAUUUAGUCCGGCCUCCUGAGGGACGCAGCAGUCUAAGGCACUGCAUCACAAUGCUAGAGGCACCACUACAGACCCUUGAUCUAUCCCAAGAUCGAAAAAGGGGGUGAAAUUAAAAAACAAAAAUACAAUUUAGUCCAAAUAUCAAUAAUUAAUUCUUACAGCAGUAUUAAAGGUAUUUGCGUGAUACUCUUUCAAACAGCUUUGGGGUUAGCAGUAAGCAUCUCUAGACUAGCAUGCAAAAGGAACAAAACAUUCAUAUCCAUGGCCAUGAUGGCUAGUCAAGUUACGUUGUCUUAUGUGUACUAAAUGGAUGAAGGGAGCAGUUAACACCAAAUUAAGUUGAUGUGCUGGAGCGGUAUGUACACAAAAAGCCGAAAACUGCAAUGCUUGCUGAUAUUGUCAAUUGUUUCUAUGUGAGUGUAAUUUUGUGUUAAUACCAAUGUGAAUGUUAUUAUGUAUAUAAGAAAUUCUAGAAACAAAAAAAAAAACAACUUAUGGAGGAAAGUGUUUGUAUGUGGUCUGUGAUAUUUAAAGGCUGAAAAGCACAUUUGAAUGUUAUGGAUUUUUUUUAUUUUAUUUUUAAUCUUUGCAUGGUUGCCUCUUCCACCAACUAUAUAGUAAAGUUACAUGGUUGUAUAGUUA